AUGGCCGAUCACUGGGAUGGGGGUCAAGAGAAUCUUUAUCUGAAAUGCCCAUUGCGUCGCAUCGAAUUUUGCAAGUGUUCGAAUGGAGCACGACAUGAGUUCCUCAUUUUUUUUUUCGGACACUGGAUAGAUGGUUCCUCUGCUGAAGCUGUGAUCUGCGUAGACCGCACCUUCAAGUUACGAACUCAAGACGACAAUUCCUCCAAACAGUUCCCUGGACUCGUCUCACAUUCAUCAUCUGAACCUAGCCCCGCCCUCGACUCCGUAUCCAUGGUUGGUUCCCCUCAGGACGCAAAGCCACGUCUCACUCAGAGUCACGGACCUUACACAACACUAUGCACACUCCGAUUUUCUCCAUCCCCCGCACCUUCCGCGCUUGAAGUUUCUACUGUCCUGUUUCUCGUACAUCAACAGGCCCCGGUGUAUGAUCUCAUCGACAGUCAAUGCUUCUGGUUUUCAGAUACCGUAUGGAGGAGUCUGAAAGCACUUUUCCCCAUAAAUCAAGAACUCUGCAAUUUUAACAACCACAAUUCACGUGCUCGUUAUGGUGGGUUCACAGUAGGACCUUCAGACCCGAGUGUCCAGGCUGUGUGUAAUGCUUACGAGUCAGAGUGGCAGAGGGUGUUGAAAAAGGUUGAGCAGGUUAAACAGUGCCAUGAAGCUGAACUAGCACAGGUUCUGCAGCGGGGCCUUGCUCAAGGUCGUGCUGAGCGACAAAUGGAAAUCAACCAGCUUCAUGUGAAGCAACAAAGUGAAAUUGACCGGCUUCGUGCGGAGCAACGCACUGAACUUGACCGGCUUCGUGCGGAGCGACAGCAUGAAGUUGACCAGAUGCGGCAGAUGCAGGCUGAACUUGCACAAUUUCGUGCAAUUAUGGGGGUUGCAGCUUCCGAAGGCACAAGAAACUGA